CGGGUUCGCCUCACUCCAAGCAAUUUCAUUCCGCGAAAAAACGAUGAACUGAAAGAAUCGCUCGCAGUUUUUCACAUCGAUCUCGUUCAAUCGCGUAACAAUGUCAGAAGAAGACGAUAGAGGUUGGGAUUUCCACCUCCGAACUCUUUCCAUCAGUGCCAGAGACUCCAACACCGCCAACGAUCCCGCUUCCGAUCCCUCUCUUCUUCAAUCCGUGAAGAAGCUUCAUGGAUUGUGCAAGGCUGAGAAUUCUGAGGACUUGGUAGCUAGGGUUUAUCCUCAGAUUAAUAAGAUUUUUCAGCGUGCCGUGGCUUCGCUUUCGCAAUCUCAAACCUCUAAUGGACUUCUUUUACUCGCAAUUCUUCAGUUUUACCUUGACUUUGGGGAUGUUGUUCUACAUGAUGCUGAUCCUAGUCUCAGGACUUUUUUUCGUUCCUGUUUGAGCAGGGAAUUUGCAGAUCCUGUUGUCGCAGAAGCAAUGCUUGAAUUCCUCAUUACUAACAAGAAGAAGCUUUUAACUUCCUUCCCUAACUUGUUGCCUCAGUUUUUUCCAUUGUUGUUAAAAAUGAUUGCUUGGAAUGGUGAAAGAUUAGAGAAACUAUUUAUGAAAGCCUUUCCGGGAUUGAUAUCACCUGGGUCAUUUAUUCCAUUAUUUCCAUAUUUACUAGACUUGCCGAUUUUGGCAGUGGCAUUGGAAAAGGUGGAGAAAAGCUCAGGACCACUAAUUGGAAGCAGUAUAGCUUCAAUUCAGAAAAAUACUGCUCCUAAGAUGCUACUUGCCCUUAUGGAUGAAGCAUAUACUGGUUCAACUAUAGAAGAUGGCGGAGGAGAUUCUGAAUCUGAGGAUAGCAGUGCAAUCGAUGUAUCUGAUCCUAUAUUCCUGGAGCUUUUAAAGGAUGAAAAUGAUGGUAUCGCUGAACGUCCCUGGUCAUCUCCGAUGAUGACCACAAUAUUGCAGGCCGCAGUCAAUAGUCCUUACUCUGACAGACUGAAAUCAGUACUCAGCAUGGCACCUCAUCUUCUUGAUGUGUACUUCUCCAUAGCAUUGCACGAUGUCAAUGACUCUUUGAUCUGUGCAUUGAUUCCCCUGCUUAUGUCAAGAUAUUCUACAAUAUUUCCAGACAAAAUAUUUUCUUAUGAGGUUCGUAAGCGGCUUUUGGAGUUUAUGCUCUCUUCAUUUCAACGCUCCCCAAAAUUCAUUGCUAUUUUGAAGAAACCUAUAAUGGACAGACUUGGAGAAUAUGACAGCCCAGACAAGACAGAAUUGGCAUUGCAAUUAUGUUGGGCCAUUGGAGAGCAUGGUGGUGGUGGUGGAUCUCACAAAGAUGAAGCCCGUGAGCUUUUUGAGAGUUUAGAACUACUUCUGUAUGAAAACCUCUCCUCAAGUCGUCUGGGCAUGACACAGGAGGUAUUUCUUAGUUCUGAUAAGGAUACCUAUAGAAGGUCAUCACAGUCCAGGCUUUUAUGUUUCGUUGUGACAGCCAUUGCGAAACUUGCUACACAUCAUCGAGAAUUACUCCCAAGAGCACGUGUAGCCUUGGGCAAGGUGGCACGGUCUCGAAUUUCAGAUAUUAGGGUAUGGAGGCGUGCAUGUGAUUACCUGGGUUUGAUGAAAGACCCUGCUAUAUGUUCAUCCAUAUUGGGGCCUUCAAGAUCUUCACAAGGCACUACACAGAAAAUUGGCAGCAUGAACUGGAGUGAAGGUGCAACAAAGAUGAUUGCACAUAUUCCAUUUUACAUUCUAGGAGAACAAGAAGGACCACCUUUUCAUGAUUUCUCUUUCUCAGAUAUCCUCUCAAGAUGAUGGAAGCUAAAAUUGUGCCUGUAAAGAUCUUCUUUUCCUUUUCAUUGUAGUCAUCUUCGUGUCAUUCUGGUCAAAUCUAAAAUGUUCUUAGCCUUUCCAUCAGUAUGCUAUUAGUUUUUCUGUCCCAAACAUUAAUAUAAAGUAAAAAAGAGAAUGUUACAUUCUGUGCAUGAAUUGUUUCAGAUCUUUACGAAAUUAUACUCUGAAGUUAUGAAAUAUUAUGUUGAUGAUGACAUUGAGAUGUAGAGAAAAUAAAAUUUGUAAAUUAUUUGAUGCCUGACGGUUGAUUCAUUUUGCCCUUCCCUUUC